AUGCCAACGCUCAACCUCCAGGAGCCCCUCCCAUCGGACAGCCCUCGGAGGUCCAGCAGCCAGGAAUCCCAAUCCCCUGAGACUGCAGACAUCACUCAGGACAGCGGCCCUGAGCCUCGUCCAGCUCUGAGAACUCGCCGGGUCAGCAUCCAGGAGCCCCUCCCGUCCAGGAGCCCUCGGAGGGCCGGCGUCCAGGAACCCCCUGAGACUGCAGACAUUAUUCAGGACAGCAGCCCUGAGCCUCGACCAGCUCUGAGAACUCGCCGGGUCAGCAUCCAGGAGCCCCUCCCGUCGGGCAGCCCUCGGAGGGCCAGCGUGCAGGAGCCCCUCCCCUCGGGCAGCCCUCGGAGGGCCAGCGUGCAGGAGCCCCUCCCGUCGGGCAGCCCUCGGAGGGCCAGCGUCCGAGAUGAUCACUUGGCUUUGCAAAGGCGCCAUUUCAGUCUGCAAGCCUUCCCUUCGCUGGCCAGCGUGGACUCAGCCAGUUCCCGCAACAACCUGACAAUGCAGACAAGAAAACAGAGCCUGGCUUCCCAGGCGCGGUGCAGUAUUGACGUGCCCCCGUCCAUCACUCACAGUCCCCAAAGCAGCAUCAGCAACCUGGAGUCUGUGGUGAUCUGGGGUUCCCAGGAGAGCCUCGGGGACAGGUCCUACAGCCUCCAGCCCGACCAGGACAGCCUGGAGGACGACCAGAGCCUCACGGCAGCCAUCUCAGUGGGCGACCCUUCCUCCCGGGCUCACAAGGGCCAUGAGCAGCUGCUGUUCCCCGUCUGCUGGCGACUGCUGCACAACGCCAAGAGGAUCACACGCUACACCAGCCUGGUGCUGACGCUGGCUGGCAUCCUCACCAUCACCCUUGUGUCUCUGGGCCAGCCCUGGAUGCACUUCCAGGUGCCGCUGGGACCUGCCAGGGAGCGGGAGAGCCCCCCACGCAUCCUUAUCAACACGGUGCUCUUCGUACAGUGCCCGGAAAGCUCCUGCCUGCACGAGUACGACCAGAAUGCUUACCUGCUGGACUUGGCCUGGACCUGCUUCGUUUUCUCCAGCAUCUGCAGUAUCUAUGGUUUCUUCACGCUCAUCAGCACCAUCUUCUUCACCACCUCCAACCUGCCCGUGCUCGACUUCUCCAUCUUCCUCAGCAGCAUCCUGACAGCAACCAGCAUGGUGCUGGGGGUGCUGUUCUACCUGCUGCAGGCCAGCCAGUUCCUGCAGGAAGGCAUGACCUACAGGCUGGGCGUCAGCUUCUACAUGGCAUGGGCCGGAGCCGCCUUCUUCCUGCUGGCCGGUCUCCUGUCCUACUUGAAUUACAUGAAUUUCUGGUUCAUUUUGGCACUCGAGGGCAACUGGACUUAG